UGGGGCACAGAAGAAGUCACAAAUCAUGUGACGCGGCUUUUUGCGGAACCUGUCUUUGAGGCUGUCCCCGAAGUGGCCGCAGACAGCCACGAGCCCUGCUCCAGAGGACCUGGUAGCCAGGAAGGCCGGGCUGGAUAUUGAACCUGCCGGAGGAAGAGGCUCAUCAUGGCGGAUGACCUAAAGCGAUUCCUGUAUAAAAAACUACCAAGUGUUGAAGGGCUCCACGCUAUUGUUGUGUCAGACAGAGACGGAGUGCCUGUUAUUAAAGUGGCCAAUGAUAAUGCUCCAGAGCACGCUUUGAGACCUGGUUUCUUAUCUACUUUUGCCCUUGCAACAGACCAAGGCAGCAAACUUGGACUUUCAAAAAAUAAAAGUAUCAUUUGUUACUAUAAUACCUAUCAGGUGGUUCAAUUUAAUCGUUUACCUUUGGUGGUGAGUUUCAUAGCCAGCAGCAAUGCCAAUACAGGACUAAUUGUCAGCCUAGAAAAGGAACUGGCUCCAUUAUUUGAAGAAUUGAGACAAGUUGUAGAAGUUUCUUAAUCUAACAGUGGUUUUGAUGUCUACCUUAUCUUCAUUAUAGCAGACACAAUAUCAAUCUAGCAAUCUCGAGACCACAACAAUACUUGUAUCUAUGUACUCAAGAAAGGGUCCCUUUUCUACCUUACACUAAAGAAAAAGUAUGUAGAGACAGUUUAUGGACAGAGUAUCUUUUCUUGUAUAAGUCUUAUUUACUGAGAUCUGGGGAUACCACAGAAAUGGUUCAGUUUAUCACAGCUCCCAUGGAGUUAAUCCAGUCACCAAAUCAGCGUGAGAUGCUAUUUGGUGGGUCAGAAUCAAACUAGUAUGUUGAUCCACUUGAGCCAUGAAGUGCUCUCUCUUUACAUUCUGCCAGGCGUGCAGAACGAAGCAGAUUCUUUUUAUUGUGAAUAAUAAUGAGGAUAUCUUUUUUUCAUGGUGUUUUAUUUCUUUGCAUUGAGUGUGGGGACGAUAAAACGGCUUAGUAAAGUAAUAAAAUCAGUACAAUCACUAACUUCCCUGUGUAUAUAUUGUUUUACAGUAUAGGUUAAUAUUGCUAAUUGAUUUGAUUCUUCUCAGAGGGUGCUGCUAUUUAAUGAAAACAAUAGCUAAUGCACCCCACUCUGCUUUCUAUAACCAAUCAUUGUUUUAAUGUUUGUGUUCUUUAUAAAAUUUAGAUGUGAUUCAUCAUUGAACUCCGUUUCCAAUAUUGGUAUAUAUGUAAACAUGGUAUUACAGCCAUUUUUUUUUCAAUA